AUGGAUGCGCAUGCACAAGACGAGUCGGUACGACUAGAUGCCCUGUGUCAACGACUUGGUCGAUUAUGCUCUGAAAAGGAAAUUGAAAUUUGGGAUGAACCACCACAUCCGCAGGGAUUACAAGACUGUCGACUUACCUUAAUUGGCAGCAUAGUCUCCAACCCUACUGUUAAUCUGCCAACUUUUCAGGGCACCAUGACCAGAGCAUGGAGGACCGAGCAUGUCCAUAUAUCUCAGAGAGGAAACGGCCUGUAUAUUGCUAAGUUUCAGUUAGAAAAAGAGAAACAAAGAAUAGCUGAUGGUGGUCCUUGGUUGUUUUCAGGACACCUAGUUAUCUUUAAACAAUGGCUGCCUAAUACACCUCUGCACUGGUAUGAUUUUACCUGCUGCGCUUUCUGGGUUCACGUAUAUGGUUUACCUUUGGAAUGGAGCACUGAACAGCUCCUUCGCCGAGCCGUGCAACAGAUUGGUUCAGUUGUUGCUGUUGACUCCACUAUAUCCGACGGAUCAACCAUCAGAAAUUGCAGAGUUAGAAUAGAGAUCGCUCUAGCCAAUCCCCUGAAGACAGGAAAGCUAAUUAGAAUAGCUGGGAAAACCUUUUGGCUUGAUUUUAAAUACGAACGCUUGCCUCCCUUUUGUUAUUCAUGCGGCAGAAUCGGCCACUAUGCGAUGUAUUGCCCAGACUUUCCUUAUGAUGAAGCCUUACUAGAGGGAAAUAGCAAAAUGGCUUAUGGUCAUUGGCUCCGUGCUGACGUGAAGGAACAUAGUCCUUACUGGAAAGCAUUCUAUAAUCCACAGGAAUUAGCUCAGCAGAUGGAUGAUAAGGUACCUGAAACUCCCCCUGAUAUGCAGCAACAACUUCCUUUACUACCUCCACCUGAAUAUCCCACUCGAGCACAAGAAGCGAUGAAUCCACAGCCAGCAAAUCUCUCGGUUGUAGCACCGGAAGUUCAGUAUACCACUGACUUGGUACCUGCUUCGACGAAGUUAAAGGCAGUUCAAUCUACAUCUACGGAAAAGACAAAGCAUAUACAACGGAACUCACUCAGAAAUCUCAGCACAGGGGGUACUUCUAAGAAGCAGCGGCGAUUUUCCCCUUAUGAGAUGCGACAUUUACCCGAUCCAGACUUUGAUGGCACCCAACUGAUGGACAAUCCAGUGUAUUCAGCAGACGAAAUAGAACAAUGGGCGACGGUGGCUGGCCCUCAACAGCCACCCAAAACCAAAUGA